UUGAAGCCAGCCUAGUCUACACAGUAAGCUCCAGGACAGUCAGGCCUACACAGUGAGAUCUUGUCUCAAAGGGGGGUUUCUGGGCAUGAAACAGUCUGCCAAGCAGGUAAUUUUGCUCUGACUUGAAUAGACAUCACAGGCUACAAAGGCCAUCAUCUUCGAAGGCACUGUUGGAAUGAAUGAAUGAUGAGAGGGCCAAGGACUUAAUGCUGACCCUCUUCCGUCCUGUACCAGCUCCCCUCUGCCUCCUGAGCCUGCUGCCACCCCUCAGUCUCUCGGCCCCUAUCUCCCCAUCGGAGCCCAUCAGUCAAGCCUAUAGCCUGGCUCUCUACAUGCAGAAGAACACAUCAACACUGCUGCAGACCUACCUCCGGUACCAGGGUAGCCCCUUCAGUGACCCUGGCUUUGCAGCACCUGAACUUCAGCUCAGCAGCCUGCCUCCUGCUGCAGUCUCCUUCAAGACCUGGCAUGCAAUGGACGAUGCAGAGAGGCUGAGGCGAGCCCAGGGAGCCUUCCUGGCCUUGACCCAGCACCUCCAGCUCGUGGGCGAUGACCAGAGUGAUCUGAAUCCUGACAGUCCCGUUCUGCAGGCCCAGAUAGGAGCGGCAAGACUCAGGGCCCAAGGCCUAUUGGGCAACAUGGCUGCUAUUAUGACUGCUCUGGGGCUGCCCAUACCCCCUGAAGAGGACACUCUGGGCCUUGUCCCUUUUGGGGCCUCAGCCUUCGAGAGGAAAUGUCGAGGCUACAUAGUGACCCGGGAAUAUGGUCAUUGGACGGACCGGGCUGUGAGGGACUUGGCUCUACUCAAGGCCAAGUACCCGGCGUAGAAGUUUCCCUCAGAGGACUCAUUCCUGCCUUCCUUCUGAGAUGCAGAUUACAUCACAUCUCACUUAGCAGUCAAGCAUUUGGGACUACUUCCUGGAAGCUAAGCUUCCUGCCCAUCCUAGAGACUCCCUUACAGACCUGGGCAGGACUCGGGGAUCCAACAAAGCCAGUGGUGUGUUGAUAUUCCUACUUCCUGGCUAGAAAGCAGAGUCCUUCUGAAGAGGCUUCAGUUCCCACCCCAGGGAGAGGACAGCUGGUCUCCCUCCUGGGCUUACCUUUUCUUUCCUCUCCCUGUAUUUGAGGAAGUCCAGGGUUGCUUCCUGUCAUUGUCUACCUCAAUUCCUAGGUAAAGACAUGGACUUUCUGAACACAGGCCUCUAAUUGCUGGGGUUCUCCUUAGUCUACCUCUCCAUUGAUGGUUUCAGUUGAACUCCCCAGCGGACAGAAGCCCAACGAUCACAGCCACUAGGACUCAUGUCUCAUCUAUUUCCUGCCAAGGGUAUGAGGAUAUCCACUUUGUGUUUAGGACCGACAAGUGGCACCCUGGCCUGGGCCCUUCAUGAGUUUAUUUGUACUGUGCCUUUGUGGGUCAGCAGGGUAUGUGGGAGACCUUCUGUACCCCAAAGAUCCUAUUCUCCUUAAAUCUCCCCAUCGGGAACAGCUGUUUCAUUACACUGUGCUUUGUUGUUAAACAUUUAUUUACAAAAUUAAUUUAUUCUCAAAUAAAACUCUCUUAAGAUGUU